GUGAGCUGGUUGUUGUCGGGCAGAAGAAGCGCCGCGGUUUGUUUUUUCGUUUGGCUAAUUUAUUCGUUUUAAUUAUUUUAGAUAUGGAUAUCCACAAGCCCAGGAAUGGCAACCACACUUCACCCUCCCUGAAGUUGUCAAAUGGCUACAUUCUACCUGAGGGCAAAUUGACUCCUAAUGCCCUCUUUGUUGGUGGGAUUGACAUGAAGGUGGAUGAAAAUGAAAUGCGGGACUUCUUUGCCAGAUAUGGCGCUGUUAAGGAAGUGAAAAUUAUCACGUACCGUGGAGGGAUCUGCAAAGGCUAUGGGUUUGUGUACUUCAAUGAAGAUGUCAACAUUCAGUCAAUCAUCGAGCAACAGAUAAGUUUUAAGGGCCGGAAACUCAAGCUGGGCCCUGCCAUCAUGAAAGAAAGGAGCUCUCGGUCCAUGCCAUCCCGUCUGGUUGGCCCAGCUCCAUGGAUGAGCCCCACUCAGUACUUCUACUGCGCUUGCUGCUCACCCAUGGGAGGCGGUAUGGCACAACCUUCACCCAUCCUCAGCGGAGGCAGCCCCUACAAUCAGCCGUACUCCUACUCCAACUUUGGAGGGGUCGUGAUCCCACAGAUGCCAAUGAACUAUGCACAGAACGCUUAUGCCUACCAGUACACUCCACCUCAAUGGAUGGCGGACCAGAGGACACGGCCUGUCAAUCAGAACUUUGUGGACUGUGGAGUCCAGACUAUGCUGACUGUGCUGUAGUCCAGAGCUACUGAGCCCCUUGCCAGAUACAAGCUACAGUGAGUCAAAAUGCAGACAGGAUCACAUCUUGAUGUUACGGACGGCUAGAAGCAACCCAACUCCCUCGCACUGUUUCCAGAAAGCCCUCCCCUCUCCUUUCCUUCCCUCAACUUUUGAGACCCAUUUUAACACCAGACUGCAGGAGCUCUCUCCACUUAAACUGUACCAGUUUGAUCACAGUCACUUGGACCACAGUCGCGUGGUCAAACGCUUUUAACCCCACGUGGAUCACAGUAACAGUCACACAUGAAGAGCAGAGCACCCUCACCGUACCAGCUGAUAUAUGGGCUCACAUUUUUUUUUUGUUGCUUUGUUUUCCUUUGUUAAUUUUCCCAAACAAAAAAGACUUUUAAGCUCACCCUUUGUGACUAUUUAUAUUUUUAUUAUUUUAUUAUUUAUUUUUGGAAUUAUUUUAAAUGUUUGUUUGGUUGGGGCUUUUUUUAGCUUCUGCAAGGGCUCUCCGUACAUAAAAAGGUACAUUUAUAUAUAUAUAUUGUAACAAUGUUUUGCAAUCUGGUUGUGUCAGCAUUGGAGUAGAAUGCUUCUUUAACUCCAAGUCAGGUCUAAUGUGCCUCAGAUUAAGAAAUUUCAUUAACUUGUCUACUACAGUAUACGGGCACUUGGUCAUUCCAUUAAUUUCAAGCACUCAAGUUUAUUUUGUGUUCUAUUUAAUUGGGUGUCGAUUGAGGCAGCAAGUGAAUGGCAAUUUUGCCACUUUAUAGCGUCUCAUCAGUAUCACUGAUUUCUCAUCUUGGUCAAAUGCCAGAGUUCCUCAGAGCAUGUGUCACGCUGAUCAUCUUGUGUGUUGCAUUUACAAACUGUCCCAUCCUGUGACUGGUGUUUUAUCAAACGCUUCCAGGGGUUCAUACUCAAGGACCAAUCACGGCAUCAAUUUUGUUUUCCUCAUUACUCAUCAAUCAACUUAUAUUUGGGAAAAAAUAAAAGUGGAAAGCCGUUUUAAUCCACUUUGAAAAUGAAGGA